AUGAAGAGCCUGUUCGUUUGCCUGCUGCUGGCCCUGGCCGGUCAAUCCCUUGCCCAGAGCCAAGAUGAGUUCAUCGAGUACCUGCUGGAGAUCCAGUACCAGGCCGAAGCCAUCCACCAGCUGAUGGAGGGUACGUUCGACAAUGUCCGCUUCUCGAUGAGCGACCAGCUGGUCGAGUUGAACCAACAGUUGAUUUCCCGCAUGAACAACGCCCUGGAGGAGGUCGAGCAGAUCCGCGAGGACACCGAGGACUUCGUCGGCGAGUCGUCGGCUCCGGCUGCCUGCGUUAACGUGGCCACCGCCAACUGGGCCAUCGAAAUCGAGUGGGUUGGACAGGCUCUGUCGCGCUGCGCCAGCAAUGCUAACAUUCAGAUCACCUCGCGCACGGCCGAUGUCCAUGCCGCCCUCGAGGAGGCCCAGAUCGCCUCGACCGAGCUCCAGAACAUCGUUGUCCGUGGUUUCAUCGACUGGAACGCCAUCGACUACACCGAGCAGAUCUCGUCCAUCGUUGGAACCCAGAUCCAGGACAAGUACGACUACUUCACCAGAAUCACGCAGCCCGCUCUGGAGCGCGCCCUGCAGGGCGUGUUCGAUCUGGACGACAACCUGCUGCCGGAGAUCGUGACCUGCGUUGACCGCGGUGUGGAGCGUUUCAACAACUACGGCCGUGUCAUCCGCGACACGCUGUUCUUCUGCUCGCAGUAA